UGGCAGUAAAGUAAAAUUACAAACAGAAGGCCAAGUACGCAUCUACUGAAGAGUCUCUCUGUGCUUAGAUCUCACCGCCGCUUACACACUUGGUGAACCUCUCUCCUUUCCUUUGGCGAAGGGUGAACAGGUUUCAACUGUCGUGUGGCCAUGGCUUUGAUUUUGCACUCAACAAAUAACAACAAAAAUGCCUCAAAGGCACUCAUUGCGGCUGAGUACACAGGUGUAAAGGUUGAACUUGCAAAGGAUUUCCAGAUGGGUGUAUCAAACAACACACCUGAGUUUCUUAAGAUGAACCCAAUUGGAAAGGUUCCUGUGCUUGAAACACCUGAUGGACCUGUUUUUGAGAGCAAUGCUAUCGCACGCUACGUUACUAAAUUAAAGCCCAACAAUCCUCUUUUUGGAUCUUCAUUGAUUGAAUAUGCGCAAAUUGAACAAUGGAAUGAUUUUUCUGCCACUGAAGUUGAUGCAAACAUUGGACGAUGGCUGUACCCACACCUUGGCUAUCGUGUGUACAUCCCUGCGGCGGAGGAAGCUGCGGUAGCUGCAUUGAAGAGAGCGCUUGGUGCUUUGAACACCCAUCUUGCAUGUAACACAUACUUGGUUGGGCAUUUAAUCACAUUGGCUGACAUCAUUAUGGGCUGCAACUUGAGCAUUGGUUUUAGAAUGAUAAUGACCAAGAGCUUUACCAAGGAAUUCCCACAUGUAGAGAGAUACUUCUGGACUGUGGUUAAUCAGCCAAACUUCUGCAAGAUAUUGGGUGAAGUGAAACAAGCUGAAUCUAUCCCAGCUGUACAAUCCAAGAAGCCUGCACAACCUGAAAAACCCAAGGUUAAGGAGGAGCCAAAGAAGGAGGUUAAGAAGGAAGAACCAAGUCCUGUAGAGGAGGAAGCAGCACCCAAGCCUAAGGCAAAGAAUCCUCUUGAUCUCUUGCCUCCAAGUAAGAUGAUUCUGGAUGAUUGGAAGAGGCUUUACUCUAACACCAAGACCAACUUCCGUGAGGUUGCCGUUAAAGGUUUCUGGGACAUGUAUGACCCCGAAGGAUAUUCUCUCUGGUUUUGUGAUUACAAGUACAAUGAUGAGAACACAGUUUCCUUUGUAACCUUGAACAAGGUUGGUGGUUUUCUGCAGAGGAUGGAUCUGGUACGCAAGUACGCAUUUGGUAAGAUGUUGAUUGUUGGUUCUGAGGCCCCAUUCAAGGUGCAGGGUUUGUGGCUUUUCCGUGGAAAGGAAAUUCCCAAGUUUGUUAUGGAGGAAGUCUAUGACAUGGAACUCUAUGAAUGGAAGGAAGUAGACAUCAAUGAUGAAGCUCAGAAGGAGCGGGUUAGCCAAAUGAUUGAAGACCACGAGCCUUUUGAGGGAGAGGCUCUGUUGGACGCGAAGUGCUUCAAGUAAACAACAUUGUAUUGGAUUCAACAAUGUUACCUUUUGACUGAGGCUGUAGUUUACUCUGGUUUUGUCCUCCCAAAUUUACUUAGAUUCUUGUUUUAAACACUAUGUUGUCUUAGAGAAACUAUGGUUGAAUUAUGUUAUCCUUUUCAAGUAAAGCAGUUUUGACAGUCAGGUGAA